GUUUAUUUGUUUGGUCGUUGGUUCUCAGCAGCCCCAGUCAUGUGCGUUUUCACUUUUCAAGUGCUUUCAGUCAAUUGCUUUUUUGUUUUUCGUAGAUAUUACUAAAUUCCUAUAGCGCUAAAUUACGUAAACAUUUCUUGCAAGUUUAGUUCCAGUGAAAGUACCCUUAACAUCCUCUCUCAUUAUGUUAUCUUCUGUUAGGGGAUGUCUAACGCCUAUCGCCAGGUUCUGCUCCAAAGUGUCAGAUUCUUCGGUUAAUUAUUCAAAAAACUUUUUUUCGACGUCUAGCGUCAUUCAUAAGGAUACAGACGAUAUCAAGAAUGGAAUAGUAGUCACCCGAGAUGGAUCUACAAUUGUUUGCUGGCAUCCCGAAGAACCAUUUCCCUACGAGUUUUCUAAGCCACUACCAGAGGAACAGCCAACAGAAGUCAGUUCAGUGUUGAAGGUGCAAAACAAGGACGAAAUCAUGAGUGUCUUCAAAGAAAAGCCCCAACAGUUUGUCAUUCAAGAUUUGUGUAAAAUAACUUUCACCUCAAAGCAUAGAUGGGCCAAACGCAAAGUAGAAUAUUUUAGGAAAAGAAAUGCUCUCAAAAGAUCAUCACGAGAAUGGCUCUAAUUGCUCUUUGUGUUGUAGAUAGUAUCUUGUCAUAUUUAAUUCCUUUGUUGUUUUCACUGUUAUAUACAUUUUGAGUUGAAGCAUAUAAAAAACGGUAAUUUUGCAACUCGAUUUUUUCACUUUAUCUGUUUGCGAGUGUGACUGCCCACUGCAAAAAGUAACCUCGGUUCACUGAGUUCGAAUAAACGAUUUUAUAUUUCCUCA